UUUUAUUUUUUUGAUUUUUCAGAAUCCCUUCUGUUUUCUCUCUGUUCCUUUUCUUCUUUCAUCGCGACCAGACCACCAUCAUUUCUCAUUUCUCUCUACCUGCUUCUCCCUUUCACCUACUUCUAUUUACUUUUCUGCCACCGCUUUUGUCUGUCUCUGCCUCUCUCUAUCUGUUUCUCGCUCGCUUAUUUGCAUGAAAUUGGUGUCCAAUUCGUUGUUCUAAUCGGACAGCCAAGCUAGGGUUUUGAUUUUUUUUUUUUUUUUUUUUUUUUUGGUUUGGGUGUUUGGUAACCCCAUUAGAGGGAAAAGGAGGAUGGAUUCCGAGGAUGAGUUCGAUAUGCACGACGCUAACGGUGACGACGACGACGACAAUGACGAUGACUUCUAUAGCGGCGGAGACGACGAUGCCGCUGCCGCCAUGGACAGCGAUGAAGCUGACGUUGCCGAUUAUGAGUUCAUCGAUAACGACUCCGAUGAUUCUGAUGACAUCGCUUCGCAUCGUUACCAGCAAAAUUAUACCGUUUUGACCGAAGCAGAUAUUCAUCAACGUCAGGAGGAGGAUAUUAUGAGGAUAUCUACUGUGCUUUCCAUAUCAGAAGUUGCAGCUAGCGUAUUGCUCCGUCACUAUAAUUGGAGUGUCAGUAAAGUACAUGAUGAGUGGUUUGCAGACGAAGAAAAGGUGCGCAAGGUUGUUGGCUUACUGGAGAAACCGGCUUUUGCUUCUCCAAAUGUUAGGGAACUUAUUUGUGGGAUCUGUUUUGAAGCCUAUCCUCUUGAUAGGAUGUAUACUGCAGCUUGUGGUCAUCCUUUUUGUAGUACAUGCUGGACAGGUUAUAUUAGCACAGCCAUUAAUGAUGGUCCUGGAUGUUUGAUGUUGCGAUGUCCUGACCCUUCUUGUACUGCCGCUGUUGGUCAAGAUAUGAUUAGCCGUUUGGCUUCUGCCGAAGACAAGCAAAAAUAUUCUCGUUACUUCAUUAGAUCGUAUGUUGAAGACAAUAGGAAGACCAAAUGGUGUCCUGCUCCAGGCUGUGAGUAUGCUGUGGAUUUUAUUGUUGGAAGUGGAAGUUAUGAUGUUACAUGUCGCUGUUCAUAUAGCUUUUGCUGGAAUUGUACUGAGGAGGCCCACCGUCCAGUUGAUUGUGGCACUGUUGCGAAAUGGAUAUUGAAGAAUAGUGCUGAGUCAGAAAAUAUGAACUGGAUAUUGGCUAAUUCCAAACCCUGUCCAAAGUGCAAACGUCCAAUUGAGAAAAACCAGGGCUGUAUGCAUAUCACUUGCACGCCACCUUGUAAAUUUGAGUUCUGCUGGCUUUGCCUUGGUGCAUGGUCAGACCAUGGUGAGAGGACAGGUGGUUUUUAUGCAUGCAACCGUUAUGAAACAGCAAAGCAAGAGGGAGUGUAUGAUGAGGCGGAAAAACGAAGAGAGAUGGCGAAAAAUUCUCUAGAGAGGUAUACUCAUUAUUAUGAAAGAUGGGCGACCAACCAAUCGUCUAGGCAAAAAGCAUUGGCAGACUUGCAACAAAUGCAGACUGUGGCUCUUGAGAAGCUAAGUGACAUACAGUGCCAACCUGAGUCACAGUUGAAGUUCAUAACAGAGGCCUGGCUUCAGAUAGUUGAAUGCAGGCGUGUUCUAAAAUGGACAUAUGCAUAUGGAUAUUAUUUACCAGAGCAUGAACAAGCCAAGAGAGUGUUCUUUGAGUACUUGCAAGGCGAGGCAGAGUCUGGGUUGGAACGACUUCAUCAAUGUGCAGAAAAGGAGCUACAAGUUUACCUCAAUGCAGAGGGCCCAUCAAAAGACUUCAAUGAGUUCCGCACCAAACUUGCUGGACUGACCAGUGUGACACGAAACUACUUUGAGAACUUAGUUCGAGCUUUAGAGAAUGGUCUAUCAGAUGUGGACUCGCAUGGUGCCACCUGUAGCAGGGCAGCGAGCUCAAAGAGUUUGGGAGGUACAAGCAGUAAGGGGAGAGGUGGGAGGGGCAAGGCUACAACAUCGAGAUCAAGUAGUUCCAGUAGAAAUAUUGAUGAUUCGGGCCAUUGGUCCUGUGAGCAUUGCACCUUUGCUAAUGUCAAGACAGCUACCGUCUGUCAGAUGUGCCAUCAACGCCGGUAAUCUCAUUUCCCUAUGCAAAUUGACCUACCUGGAAGGAGAGGCAUCCGUUUUUGCCUCUUGGGCUUGUGGUUGAUUAUGGUGGGGAAAAAAUACCUUAGAAGUUUGUUGGGGGGAAGUUUCCAUCCUUCAUCCAUCUCUGGGAUAACGAAGACAAGAGUUCAAAUAAGGAGUGAGGGGAGAGUGGGGAAAGGAGAAACAAACUUUUAUUUCUUACGACUGUUGUGUUGUUGGAAUGUGUGGUGCUGUAUAUAGUUGCUGCUGCUGCUGUUUCUGUUUUUUAACUCUUGGCUGUCCUAUUCCAUGCAAAUGCAUUCAAUCUCUAUUGUCAUUUAUUAGCUACUUACAUAUUUGUAGCGAGCUGGGAGUGUUCCAAGUGGGUUGUAAGAGUAAAAACUAGUUGGGGACAAUAAUCUAAAUUGGCCCCUGCAUUAAUGAAAUAAACUUAUACUA